UAGAGCCAACACAUCAGUAACUGUAACCAUGACCAUGGGAAAGAUCAUCUUCUACGAGGACAGGAACUUCCAGGGUCGUUCCUAUGAGACCAGCAGCGACUGCCCUGACAUGUCCUCCUACCUGAGCAGGUGCCACUCCUGCAAGGUGGAGAGCGGCUGCUUCAUGGUCUACGACCGCACUAACUUCAUGGGAAACCAGUUCUUUGUCAGGAGGGGCGAGUACUCUGACUACCAGCGUUUGGGCAUGAGCGAUUGCAUCAGGUCCUGCCGCAUGAUUCCCAUGGGUCAGUUCAGGAUGAAGAUCUACGAGAGGGAGAACUUCGGCGGUCAGAUGAACGAGGUGAUGGACGACUGUGACAACAUCCAGGAGCGUCACCGCAUGUCCGAGUGCCAGUCCUGCAACGUGAUGGACGGCCACUGGCUGAUGUACGAGCAGCCCCACUUCAGAGGCAAGCAGAUGUACCUGAGGCCCGGAGAGUACAGGAGCUUCAGGGACAUGGGCAUGAGCGGCUCCAGGUUCCAGAGCAUGAAGCGCAUCGUGGAUUCCUGUUAUUAGAGCACCAGUGUAUGAGCGAAAUUUUGAAUAAAAUUUUGUGAUU